AUGUCCACUCUGAAGUUACUGAUAUCCUUCAUUAUCGUGGUGUCUGGUAAUAAUACAUCCCUGGUGACAGAAAUUAAGAACCAGCAAAUGCCACCUAUUGACAUUUACAGUUUCCUGCCUGUACAAGUGGACACAAAGGUGGUGCUCUCCUGCCCACCUGUCCAGAGCAACCUUAUGUGGGUAGUAACAUGGAGAAUAGCCCUCAGAGACAAGCUUCUCUGCACCAUAACCCACAGGACAGAUACGAACAAGACUGUGGAAGGAAAGUGUACUGACCAGAGAAUAACCUGGGCCUCCAGACCUGACCAGAACCCUGCCCUUCAGAUUGAUCCACUGUCCAUCACUCAUGAUGGGAAUUACACUUGUGAAUUAACAACACAUGUGGGGAAUUUCUACCGUGGAUAUAGUCUCCAAGUGCUAGUGGCCCCUGAUGUGACCCUGUUUCAAACUGAAGCUAGAACUGCAGUCUGCCAGGCAGCUGCAGGGAAGCCAGCAGCGCAGAUCUCCUGGACCCCGGAGGGAGACUGUGUCACUGAGAAAAAGCGGUGGGACAAUGGCACUGUGACCGUCCAGAGUAUGUGCCGCUGGGCAGAAAGGAAUGUGUCUGCUGUGUCCUGCUCUGUCUCCCAUUUCACUGGCAGCAAUAGCCUGUCCAUAGAGCUGAGUGAAGAGCAUGAAAAUAAAAAAAGUCUGAAAGACAACUUAGAUUUGAUGAGAUAUCACAAAAAAGCAGCCAGUCUUCAAAAUCAGUCUUCAAGUUCAACAUCUAGCUCAACUGCUCUUGUUGCUCUUUGA